AUGGUUGUAUCCCCACCACCCCUCAACAGGUGGAGGGGUUUUCAUUUUUUUUAUUUGGAAUCCGUGUUAAUUGAAUUUGAACAUUUAUUUAGUUAUAGACGUAGGUGUAUUUUGCCUUUAAGAAUUAGAGAUUACUCUUUAAUUAAUAGUCGUAGAUAUUAUUCUACUACAAAUUCCCAUUCACAACAUUCUGGCUCUGAUCCUGCUCCUCAGCCGAUUUUAAUUCUUCCCCUGGACCCUCAGGGACAGGGGUCCCCUCGGGAAGAUUUAAAUGACAAAGAUUGUAUAAAAUCAUAUGAAGGUAUAUUAAAGGGUAAAGGUGGUAUUUAUUCUUUGGUAAACACUGUUAACGGUAAACAAUACAUUGGUAGUGCUAAAGACUUUUUUAUAAGAAUUAAUGAACAUUUGAAGUAUAAAAAUAAUUCAAAUGUAGCCUUACAAAAAGCCUUCGUUAAGUAUGGUUUAGAUAAGUUUAAAUUAUAUAUUUAUGAGUAUUUUACUUAUGAAAGUAAAAUCAUAAGCCAUAAAUCAUUAACUGAACUCCCCCCUCCUCGGGGGCCCCCACAACUAUGUUGUGGGGUCUUUCGAGGAGGGGGUAGCGAAACUAGUUAUAUUUCUAAAUUUGAUUUCGAUACUCUAUAUAAUUUUAGUUCGGGGGACCCCCGGCCCCGAAGGGGCCGGGGGGCCCAUUGCUCAUAA